UAUUGAAAAUGUAUAUGAAUCGUAUACCUCGUCUGUGCCUAUCGUGCAUAUAUAUAUACUUAUACGUUAUCGCUUUCUUCGUAUAACGACAAUAUAACUGAUGUCUACCGGAUUUUUUCAGUUUAUUCUUUUAGUCUCAUUCAAAAAUCACAGUGACUUAGAACACAUCGUUAGACAAGGAGCGCAAUAAUAUGCGACAAGGAGGAAUAUAUAUCGUGUCAUAAAUAGAAAGCAAUAGUGUGUAACAGAGGAUAUCCUUUGUUCUAUUAAAUAAAAAUUUCAAAUAUUAUUUGUAGAACUUAUUAUUUCUAGAACAAAAUGCACAUAGAAAGAAGGCAGAUUAAUUUUAAAGACGGAUAUAGAAACAUUUGCAAAUCAUUCCUCUUCAUUAGUUUCUCCACAACUAGUGUUGUGUCUCGUUUUGAAUAUAAUGGCGCCAUCUAUCGAAACCGGUUCUCGAUUAAUUCACAAUUGGAUUGAGAAUCUUCACAGGAAAGAAGCUUUGUAGGAAUUUCCUUCAUUAUUAUGAAAAAUACGAUAAUAACUAUUUUAACAAUUGUAUUCAGUAUUUUACUGGGUCACGUGAAAUCUGAAUGCGAAACAAAUCAAUUUCAGUGCGAUAAUGGACAAUGUAUUGCAAAACGUGGUCGAUGCAAUGGUAUACUAGACUGUACAGAUAAUUCGGAUGAAACAUUUAUUCAGUGUGGUUCAAUCACCUGCUCGAAAUUCUCCUUCCGUUGCAAUUAUGGUGCCUGUAUUGAUAGUAAUUUAAAGUGCAAUGGAGUUACAAACUGCGCAGAUGGCUCGGAUGAAGAUUCUGGAUUAUGCAUAGAUACUACAUCUAGUACAACAAGUACAUCUAUUACUUCAACAAGUUCAAGACCCCUACAUAUUCCUAUCUUACCAAAUUUUAAAUUUUGUUUUCCACCACCAAAACCACAAAAUGGUUAUUGGAAAUUACACAAAUCAUAUUGUUGUAAUGGACAAGAUGAAAUAUGUGAUGAUUGUGAGGUUCCACAAAAUAUAUUGUUCAUGCCGGGACAAGAAUUAAUAUACGUGUGUAAUCCUGGUUAUAAGUUAAGUAACAAUGCUUCAACAUUUUGUAAUAUACAAGGUCACUGGAUAAAUAUUCCACAAUGUAAAGAAAUAUAUUGUAAAGAAUUAGAGUCAGAGUCUACAAGUGUUGUAUGUAUGCAGAAUGGUAAAUAUGUACCAUGUUCGAAUCUCGUUCCUGGAACAGAAGCAAUAUUAAGAUGUCUUGAUGGUUAUCACAGAGAGAAAGAUAUUGGAUCAAUUCGAACUAAGUGUAAUAAGAAUGGUGAUUGGUUUCCCCAGCCAAUACAGUGUAUUCCAGCAUGUGCUCAAUCAUCAAAACAUAUACCAAUUAUUGUAAAUGGAACAGAAAUUGAUAUUUUUGUAUCUCCAUGGCAUGCUACACUUUACCUAGCAAUGAAUUCUACUGCGCCAAAAGAAUUUCUUUGUGGUGCAACUAUUAUUCAUGAAAAACUUCUAAUUACAGCAGCACAUUGUGUUUUUGAGUUUGACAAACUACGAGAUGUUUCAAAAUUGUACAUACUCGCAGGCAAUAUAUUUAGAGAUUACGAUUCUCCUUUUCACGAUUUAAGAUUUGUGAAAAAAGUAGAGGUGAAACACAUAUACUAUAUUUGCCAGUAUAAUGGAUAUAUGGGAAAUUUUGCUGACAACAUAGCUAUACUAGAAAUUAAACAACGAUUUGUAUUUUCAAGUGUAUUAUCACCUAUAUGUUUAGAUUACAGUGACAGAAUUUCAUUACAUGAUGGAUUCUAUGGACAAGUCACAGGAUUUGGAAAAACUAUUUAUGGGUCACUUAGUCCCAUUUUACGAAAACUUGAAGUGCCAUAUGUUUCUUUUGAUCAGUGUAAAUCUUUAAAUACUAAUAAUAAUAUAGAACAGAUUCUUACAGCGGAUAUGUUCUGUGCAGGAUAUACAAAUGGAUCAGCAGUUUGUGAGGGUGACAGUGGUAGUGGAUUGGUCUUUAAGAGCAAUGGAUUAUGGUACUUAAAAGGCAUUGUUAGUGUUAUGCUUGGUAAAGAAACAUUAGGAGGGAAGAAGAUCUGUAACAGUUAUUCAUAUUCUCUAUAUACUCGAGUUUCCAAUCAUAUGACGUGGAUUGCAUCUAUUAUUUCGACUGUCAAUAAUGGUGAAUCACCAUUAAUGUAUUCAUGCCCUUUAUAAUUCUGUUCAAAUGCUCAAUAAUUGCUAUAAAAAAUUUAAUGCUUGUUCUACCAGUGGUUUGCAUAAAAUUUUCUCUUUAAUUGAAUAACUUCUUAAUGAAAAUUUUAGA